ACGCGGAUCGUGUCGGUUGGGAUUGGACCCGUGUUCGUUUCGGUUCUUGUGGGGAAAGUCUUAUGCCGAGCCAAAGAGCAGUGAUAUAAAUCUUGCGCGUGAUCCAAAAAUAACGCCCAGAAAAUAUCUGCAAAGGGGGACAAAAACAGAGCGCGUGCCAAGAGCCCAAGUGAAAAUGUUUACGCGCAGAAGGCACCGAAGUUAAUCAGUUCGAAAACGAAAAGUCUUCGCAGAGUGAUUUAUUUUAAGUGUGGUGCAAUCGUUGCUGAAUGAAAUAUAAUCGAAAACAUCUUCGAUUUAUUUGUGCAAAACCGCAGAAAGUGACAAACGAAAAUAAAGCCUCUGCCAAAAUUGCUUGGCGCAUCUUUGGGCAGAUCAAAGAUACAACAAAUCGGGCGAAAAUUGGUAAAUGCAAAAGUUGAAAAAUCGACAACGCGCAUAAUUAUCGGCAAUGCAAUGGCCAAAUAGACCGUGCAAAUAAAUAUUGAAAAUAUUUAAUGCGCUUCAUUGGCGUCCUCAUGAAAUAAAAACGUCGAUUUGCCUUAAUUAAUGAGCAACAAUGUCCUCCUCCGAGAGAAAUAUACAAAUAUUUAACAUGUAAAAAUGUGAAAAAGAUAUUACACACUUUUUCCGUUCAAUGUUCAUCGUGUAAAUCAAGUGCAGGAAUAAACUUCUUGUGAAACUCGUUAAAUUUCCCCAUACUUGUGCGAAAAAAGGAAAUAUUCCGAAAUUCAGUGAUGUGUGACGCUCGUAAACAUUUCAACAUAUGUAUAAGCAAAGUAUAAUAAUAGCAAGCAAAUAUAAUACGAAUAUUUUGCGCAGAUUAUCCGACGAACCGAAUUUCAUUCUAGGCGUACAAAAGCAGGCAAAACUUUUGCUGGAAAUGAAAUUAAAUACGAGGGAACCGGACAAAGAAGCAUGCUAAAUACUGCAAGUAAAUAAAGUGUCGAAACUAUUUAAGGCGCUCAAAGAGAAUCCAUGUAAAUACAGAGUGCGGAAAAUGUGAGCCAUUCGGUUGGACACAACAAAGAAGGAACACAGCGAAAAGCCGGCGAAAAGAACAAUUAACCAAACAGGAAAGACAAACACGAGCGGAAUGUGAAAACUUUCGCCGGAGCAGGGAGUGUAGGGCCAAAAUUAAUAUCGAAAACAGCAGACAGCAGCGGAAAAGUCCCGGGGCGGAAAAGCAGAGCCAUGAAGUUUCGUUUGGCAGCAUUUUGGCUAUUUCUGCUCACAGUCGGCGGCAAUCACUUGCAAUUAAGCCACGUUCGCUCGUGGGGUGUGGCCGCCGAAAAGCAGCUGCACAAAGGAAAUGAACUGGAAAACGCAAUGAAAUUGCGGGAAACCUCAAAGCAAACACGGGUUAUCGGGGACAUCACGACGACAAUUCAGCCGGAUCCGGGCAGAUCAAUUGGCCAUCAGGCAGUGCGACGUGCCAAGGCCCCGCCGCCCACUUUGGAGCUGCAUUUCAGGCAAAGCUUGGCCAGGCUUUUCGCUUCAGAGGAUGAAACGACCCCGACCCCGGGAGCCCCAAUCCAAUCCCAAACCCAAACCAAUGGCACUGACAGCCCGUCGGCCGCGUUUUUGGCCACCGAUAAAAGCCGCGACGAGGCGACAACCACUCAUCACCCGGGGCGGCGACAUGUGGUCCCCGAUAAGCUGCAGUACACCCAGGAGAUCCAGGUGAAGCAGGGCCGCCUCAUGGGCAUCACGCGUCGCUUCCAGGUGACCAGCGGACUGCGCCAGGUGGACCAGUUCCUGGGCCUGCCCUACGCGGAGGCGCCCACCGACGGUCGCCGCUUCAUGCCACCAGGUGCCCCAUUGCCAUGGCAGGGCUUAAAGAUAGCGCGGCAUCUUCCGCCAGUGUGUCCGCAGAAACUGCCAGAUCUUUCGCCCCACGGCAGCGAGAAUAUGUCCCGCGGUCGUCAUAAACACCUGAGUCGACUGCUGCCCUACCUGCGAACGGAAAGCGAGGACUGUCUGUAUCUCAAUCUGUAUGUGCCGCAUGAAGAACCCCAGAGCACUCCCAAGAAGUAUGCAGUUCUGGUCUAUCUGCAUGGGGAGUCCUUCGAGUGGAACAGCGGCAAUCCGUACGAUGGUUCCGUGUUGUCCAGUUAUGGAGAGGUGAUUGUCGUCACCGUCAACUACCGCCUGGGAGUGUUGGGAUUCCUGAGGCCCAGCAUCGAUGCGCAUAACAUAGCGAAUUACGCACUGCUCGAUCAGAUUGCGGCGUUACACUGGAUCAAGGAGAACAUAGAAGCCUUCGGCGGCGACAACGGACGUGUCACUCUGAUGGGACACAGUACCGGAGCGGCGUGUGUCAAUUACCUAAUGGUAUCGCCGGUGGCCUCAGGACUCUUCCACCGGGCCAUCCUGAUGUCCGGAUCCGCGAUGUCCGACUGGGCCGCCAGCAAUCAGUCGCUGCAACUGACCAUGCAAAUAGCCCAUGCCCUCGACUGUCCGCUCAACGAGCACGUGGAGGCGGAGGACGAUGAUGUCCUGCUCGAUUGUUUGCGCCAUCGUCGCUACCAGGAUAUCUUGCACAUACCGACAGCGCUCACACAAUUUUCAACAUCAUUGGGUCCAAUUGUCGAUGGACAUGUAAUACCAAAUCAACCGUACAAGGUCAUGGGGCAUUAUACGGAGCACUUCAGCCGUUAUGAUUUAUUAUUCGGCAUCACGGAGUCAGAAUCCUAUCACACACUGGCCGCAUUAGCACUCGAGGAAGGAUUACGUGAAAAUGAACGCGAUAAUUUAUUGCGCUUCUAUAUGCAGAGCCGCUUUGAUGUACGCCCCGAUUUGGCAUUGGCUGCCACGCUGAAGAAAUACCAGGACAUGUACAACAAUCCGAUUAAGGCCACUAAUUUGGAGCAUCGUGACGUGGUCCUGGACAUUCUGUCCGACGCCCGAGUGGUGGGUCCGCUGCUGCAGACUGGGAUGUUCCACGCGGAUGUCAAUCGGCGCAAUUAUAUGUACGUAUUCGGCCACAACAGCGCGACGGGACCGUUUGCCCACUUACCGCAUAGCAUUAUGGGCGAGGAAUUGGCGUUUAUCUUCGGGGCCCCCCUGGCCCCCGCCGGUCCUUUUCCCAGCGGCAACUACACGGUGCAGGAAAAGCUGCUUUCCGAGGCGGUAAUGGCAUAUUGGACGAAUUUCGUAAAGACCGGUAACCCGAAGGCUCCGUGGAAGGGCAGCUUCCUCAACUCACACGCCCUCGAGUGGGACCGCUACGAUCUGGACUGGCCGGAAUUCAAUAGGAGGGCUCAGGCGUAUCUAAACAUUGGCAUUCCGCCAACGGUUGGCUACAAGUACCGUCAGAUUUACAUGAAUUUCUGGAACAAGGAGCUGCCAGACGAACUGAACCAAAUUGCGACCAUUCAGGAGCAGCUGCACGGACCUGGUCAAGAGGUUAUUACUGGUCACAUGAGCAAGUACGGACCGCGGGACCAUGGAGCGGAGGACCCAGUGAGGACGUUGAAGCUGCUUCUCCAGGAACCCAGUCUGGCUGGUCCGAGUCAGAGUGGCGAGUCCACGGAGACGGCGGCGGAGAAUAUGUACAAUGCCCCUCCAACCUUCGGACAUGUGCACAAGAUGCAGGGUGGCGGUGACUUCGAGGACAUGGUGACCUCCACAAAUCCCCUGGAGAGCGGGGAGGAUCAGCAGCAGUCGCCGCCGGAGACGGUGGCCAAGUCGGAGGUCACCACGCAACUCCUGAUCGCCCUGAUAGCCAUUAUAAUAGCUCUCAAUCUGCUAAUUUACGGAACCUUUCUGUUGCGUCAGCGUCGUCGGAGGGCCAAGGCCUUGCCUUUUCCCGCUCCCAAGCUGGGCGGAACCAUCCUGAGCUACGAUGGGGCCAAUGACGAUGAGCUGAAGAGGUGCAGCAAGUCCCGCGAUGGAGACGAAAGCUUCGUUUUGGAAAUGACCAGGAAAUCAAACACCUACGAGGCCAUCAAAACGGGUCAGAGAUCACUGAGUUGCUCCACGGUGGACACCCACACCAAGGUCUGUGAGUGGAUGUCGGGACAGGAGGCCCCAAAGUCGGGUAGUUUCAACACGGCCACGCCACCUCCGCAACCGAUUCUAUCCGAUGGCAGGCUGAUAAUAUGUCAGGAUAUAGAGGUGGCCGAUGCGGCUCUGCUGAUCCCCCAACAUAUGCACGAACCGCAGCACUAUGAGAUGCUACUGCAACGACAACAUUCAGCCCUAACCGAACCCAGUGAUGACAUCCUCCAGCAGCAAUAUCCCUCGAGGAACCACUCGCAUACCCACUCGGAUCCGGUGGACAUGAUCCUGGCAGCCGAUGAGCAGGUCACCAGUUUUGUCCAUGCCGACGAUGUAGAUAUCAAUGUGACGAGUAGAGACGACUCGAAUGGCCUGGAGGUCAUUCCCCUGACAGCUGCCCAGCAACUGGAGCUUCUGCGGCAGCGUAAUUAUCCCAAGGUCCUGCCCACGGAUCAGGAUCUAAUGAGCACCAGCUAUAAGAGGAACUCGCUGCCGCCGCAGAACUUCAACGCUCCUCUGCCGCCGCCCAGGACCAUAAGCAAUACUUUGGGCAGGAGGCGAAGGGACAGCAGCAACAUAACCACUUCGCCACUCCAAGUGGCCAGGGACUGCGGAGCCGACGAUGAAGAGCUCAAGGAGCCCCAAAUCUCGCAGAACACCCUCAUUGUGGGACCCAUUGUUCCCAAAUCACCGGCUUCCAGCCUGAAGCGCGUGAAGAGGAUGCCCGAAUCGGCGGCCAUGACGGCCCUCAGCGGAUCCUUUCAGUCCUUCGAGUCGGUGCCGCCGGCCCACGAGACCACGCCCCCCCAGGGCGAGCGGACCGAGUGCAUUUACGCGAUUAAGGCCAGUCCUGGAAGCUGCAGCUGGUCGGCGCCCAAUGGCGAUUUGUACGCGCAGCCCAUGAAAUCGCCUUCGAGGACCUCGCUCAUUCCCAGGCCCACCAAGCAGCAGGUGGAAGCCCAAUGCCAAUCCCCGCCAGGAGCAGUGGCCGGGGAAUCUCCUGGAGCAACGGCGUCGGCCACAACAAGCCGCAUACCUCAAUUGCAGCGCCAGUCUUCCGGCAAGGAUUUGCGAACAACUAUGGCAACGGCAACGGAGAACACCGCAAAUCCCUUGGGUUGCCAGCAGCGAACCGAUUCCACAAUAUCAUCGGGCUCCUCGGCAUCCAAUGGCUCCACCGCGGAGUCCUACUCCUCCUCCUCCUCCUCGUCCACUGGAACCGUACGCACCGAGCUGCAGCAGUUUCAGCCUCCGCCGGGGAGGGGUAUUACGACCAAUAUAUAGAAACACCAGGGAGCGCUGCCAAGAAGUCCUUCAGGACUUCCCGCCGUGCCCGCAAUGCGGCGACAGACAGCUGCCUGCCAAAUCCUCGCCAAUCCUUGUCGGCAUCCCAUCUCUCCGGUUUCCUUUGGUCUGGAAUUUUAUGGGGGCCUGCGUAAAUUUAAUAAUACAUUUUGGUGUAAAGUUUAUCUUUGACUUGGCGGCAUUGCUCGUGGUUACUGGUUUCAGCUCCGACUGCUGGCCUUCUGGCUUUUGUUUUUGUGCGAGAAAACUUUCUGCCGUCGUAAAUUAGUUAAGAAAAUUGCACUGGAGGUUUCCCUGGAGAUUGCAGCGAAGGCUCGCAGUAUCGAAAUAAGCAGCGAUUCCCGUUAAGGAAACUAAUUUCCUGGAGAAUGUUGCAUAGAUAAAGUCGCUUUAACAAGUUGCUUCGAGGUCCAAUUUAUCGAACGUUUAAUAACUUGGAAACUAGAGAUAGUUAUUGAUUUUAUUCACAAGUUAGAUGUUAGAUUUUAAAAAUAUUUAUAACGAUAGUUUGUAUAUAGAAUGAAAGGAGUAACGCCGUAAGGAUUUCUCUAUAUAUAUAUAUAUAUUAAAAAACAUUUCAAAUUCAAAAUAUUAAUGUUAAUUCUAAAAACAUUGAAACGGUAAAGUUCGUUCACAGAGAAUAUUUUAUUUGGCUUGUAGAUUGAUUAAUAGAAAUACCCGAAACAAUCAACGUUAGCCACAGUAUUUAAAAUAAAUCUUAAAGACUAUGUAAUAAUCAAAAGAAAACCAAAAUAGUCUUAAGAAAAUUGAAAUUCAUAUUACUGAUAUUAUAAGCUGAAGGAAACAAGGGACAAUUCUACCAAAAUCCCAAUGUCAAGUAUUAUAAGAUAAAUAUGUGUACUCUUAAUGUAACAAAUAGGGUUAACCACAAGCCAACGUGCCAACAUAUACAUAUAC